AUGGAAAAUAAAGAAGCGGGCGGCGGGGCGACUGAAUCCGGCGGUGGUGCGGGGGACAGCGGGUCGUGCGGCGCGGGGGGGAGGGCCACCGAGAUGGCUCAGCUGUACCAGAUACACCCGGGGGAGGUGCUCGGCUCGGGGCAGUUCGGGAUCGUGUACGGGGGGCUACACAGAGACACGCAGAGACCAGUCGCCAUUAAGGUGAUAGAUAAGCUCCGGUUCCCGACCAAGCAGGAGGCCCAGCUGAAGAAUGAAGUAGCCAUCCUACAGAACCUGUCGCACCCCGGGGUCGUUGACCUGGAGCGUAUGUUCGAGACGCCGGAGAGGAUCUUCGUGGUCAUGGAGAAGCUGAAGGGAGACAUGCUGGAGAUGAUACUGUCUCACGAGAGGGGCCGCCUCACGGAGAGGAUCACUAAGUUCCUGGUCGCACAGAUCCUGGUGGCCCUGAAGCAUCUCCACGAGAAGAACAUCGUCCACUGUGACCUGAAGCCGGAGAACGUGUUGCUCUCCUCACACGAGACCUUCCCGCAGGUCAAGCUGUGUGACUUCGGGUUCGCGCGCAUCAUAGGGGAGAAGUCAUUCAGGCGAUCAGUUGUGGGCACACCCGCGUACCUCGCCCCGGAGGUGCUCCGCAACAAGGGCUACAACCGCUCGCUGGACAUGUGGUCGGUGGGCGUGAUCGUGUACGUGUCGCUGUCCGGGACCUUCCCCUUCAACGAGGACGAGGACAUCCACGAGCAGAUACAGAACGCGGCCUUCAUGUACCCGCCCGCGCCCUGGAGGGAGAUCUCACCGCAAGGUAUGCCACGUGGACAGGGCGAUUGUACCAUCGACCUGAUCAACAACCUGCUGCAAGUGAAGCAACGCAAGCGGCUCUCGGUGGACAAGUGCGCGGCGCACUCGUGGCUUCAGACCCGCGAGGCCUGGGCCGACCUCCGCGCGCUGGAGGCCCGCGUCGGCACCCGGUACCUGACGCACCCCAGCGACGACCACCGCUAUCAGUGA